AUGGCGUCUCCCUUUCUCACGCCCGGGCCGACUGCUGAGGCUGACUCGCUCGCGGUGCUGCAUCUCCGCCGCGACCAUGCAAUUGCCACAGUGCUCAAGACUCACGACGACGAAGAUCUGGGAUACGACGAAGGCAAGGUCACGACGACGAGGUUCGGCUCAUUUCCUCACAGUACGCUCAUUGGCAGUCCGUGGGGUUCCCAGAUCAUUGCUUCAAAAGUUGAUACCGGCUCUCGAGGACGCCGGCCAAAGGCAGCUAAAGGGUCGAACCCAUUGAAACGAAAAGCAGAGGACGCCGAUAUAUCGGAGGAUAAAUCUGCGAAUAAGACGGCGGUCACUGCGUCAAGCGGCUUUAUACACCUACUACGGCCUACGCCAGAGUCAUGGACCAGUUCGCUACCCCAUCGGACGCAGGUGGUCUAUACUCCGGACAGCAGUUACAUCCUGCACCGGCUGCGCGUUCGGCCUGGAAGCACGAUUAUAGAAGCCGGUGCUGGUAGUGGCUCGUUUACUCAUGCUGCUGCGAGGGCAGUGUUUAAUGGUUAUCCUAAUGGCACGAACGAUGGCCAACGAGGUAAGGUGUGCAGCUUCGAGUUUCACUCGCAGCGUGCGGAGAGCAUCAAGAGAGAACUAGGAGAACAUGGCUUGGAUGGAGUCGUCAGGUUGAACCAUCGAGAUGUUUGCGCGGAUGGAUUCUUGCUGGCAGAUGGCCUAGUUAGCAACGAGUCACCCCGAGCUAAUGCUGUUUUUCUGGAUCUUCCUGCUCCCUGGCAAGCCCUCAAGCACUUAGUCAGGGAGCCUGCCGAUGGGAAGGAGUCGCCGCUAGAUCCUACUUCACCGGUUCAUAUUUGCACUUUUUCACCUUGCCUAGAGCAGGUACAGGAGACUAUCAGUGCUCUUCGACGGUACUCGUGGCUCUCGAUAUCAAUGGUUGAAGUUGUGCAUAGGCAGAUAGAAGUCCGAAGAGAACGGUACGGAGUAGAGUCCUACCACAAGAAUGCUUCAACACCGGAUCCGAAAACUGUAGAUCAGGCAAUUGGCCGGCUGAGGACGCAUGAAGAGCGUGCAAAGGCGUUCCGCGAGAAGCAGAUCAGAAAUGCAGCAGAGUACGCCAGCAAGAAGGCUGCCCAAGAUGAAGGCAACGAGGAUGACGCGAAUGGCACAAAAUCAGAGUACACAGAAACCGCCUCAGAACCGAUCAAAGAGGAAAGUUCCGCCGAAUCAGCACCUGCGAGAGCUGAAAAGACGUGGAAGCCAAAGCCCUCGGUUCCUCAGUACAAGCAAGGGACGCUUAUUCACCGAUCCGAGCCUGAGCUCAAAACGCAUACAUCGUACUUAGUAUUUGCGAUUCUUCCCUGCGCCUGGUCAGAGGAAGAUGAGAAACGCUGCAGGGAGAAAUGGCUGUCAAAGAUCUCCCCGACCGAGGGCAAUGGCAAUGGCCCUGUAAAGAGCAAAAGACAGCUGAAGCGCGAAGCCAUAGAGCAAUUCAAAGCCCAGGCGGCCGAUGCUUUGUAG